AUGACUCUUUCCUACUCAGAUAUGACGGCGUGUAAGAUGCUCGGUGAGAAGAGCUGCUGCUGCCGUGAAUUUCAAGUCAGAGUUGGUCUGCGCGCCCACAGAGCCUCCACGCUCGGGUCUGGUUUGGUAUGCAGAUGCAGAGACACAGGUAAGGCCCAGGUGCACCCCACAGUGAUGGUGACCGCUUUAGCUCACCCUGCUGCUCACAGGUCAGCAUUGGGGUCACACAAGCCCCCACAUCCCAAAGAUGAGUCUCCAGACUGGCAUGGUGAUCGAUGCCCAGACGCGUCACUGCUGUUUGCAGAGCUAAUUAACUAUGAAGUGACUGUUGUCUGA